ACUGAGGAUCACCUUGUUGCUCCAGCUGCAUCAAGACAGAAACUCUGCUGGGGGAGGAGUUUCUACAAUUCUACAAUGUCAUUUAGCAGAUGCUUUUAUCCAAAGUGACGUACAAAUGAGAGUUAAUACAACACAAGCAAGGAUGAAGUCAAGAAACAUAGCAAGAGUAACCUUCCACUUCCUCUGUCCAGCUCUUCUUUUUAUAACCGUGCAACUAAACAUGAUGUGUACUUGGAUGGUAAAGAGUCAUGUCGAAAUUGUGGCCAGUGUCGUAAUUCCAACAAACAUGACAACAGCAACAAACAAAACAAAGGCAACAGAUCACACUUUGAUAAGUGACAAUAAUAGACACAAUUCUGAAGAAGUCACUCAAUGACGAAGUUCACAGUUUGCCCACCACAGAAAAAAACCUUAAUAAAGCUCAAGAUCGGAGACGCAGAGCUCAGAGUGUGAAAAGCAGAGAGACGGAGAAGAACGAUGAAACGGAUCAACAUCUUGUUAUAUCUGAUUCUGGUGCUUCAGUUUACAGCAGCUGUAACUGGACAGCGUAACCCCUCCUUGACUGUCAGAGUUGGGGAUGACGUCACUUUGCCUUGUGAAAGUCUGAUAGAGGAUCAGAAUGACUGUGAGAGCACUACAUGGAUCUAUGUUCAUCCAAGAAGCAGAACAUUAGUAGCUCUGGUUAGAGGAGGUCAGCUUGUUGAAGCAGCCAGAGCUAAAUCAGACAGACUGAGUGUCUCAGACAAAUGUUCUCUGGUUAUAAAGAAGGUCACAGAGGACAAUGCUGGUUAUUAUUACUGCACACCGAUCAGAUCAGGACAAUAUCAAGAUUCUACGGUUGAUCUGUCUGUUGUUAAGUUGACUGAACAGAAAGACACUGAUGUGACAUUCAGAUGCUCCGUGAAUUCGUAUUAUCGAUGUUUCCACACAGUGAAGUGGCUGUUUCAGGGUCAAGCUGUGGAUAAAAACAACCCACAACUGAAGACAUCACAGUCUGACUACACUGAUGUAACCUUUCCUACUUCUCACUUUGGUUACACAUCAAGGUAUAACUCUUUUAAGUGUGAAGUGACUGAUCGUUCCAAUGGUGAGGUGAAGCUGUUUUCCUUCAGCCCUCCUCAGUCCUCAGGUGAGGACACAACAACAACAACAGCAGCAGCAACAACAGCAACAACAACAACAAGUGAAAUGCCACCAACAACUGGAAACAACCAACCGCAAAUCUCUCCAGCCCACUGGAGGUGGAUGGUGGUGUCUGUGGGUUUAGCAGCACUCAUCACAUCUGUUGUGGCGGUCAACAUCUGGAUAAGAACUAAAGAGAAGGAAACCCAGACAGAUGAACUCGCUGUGCGUUAUGAUGUAGAUGAUGACACAGUGAACUAUGAAAACAUCAGACCUGCUGAGGGAGUUUGACCAACACUUCUGCCUCCAUCACUCCACCGAUCAACAAAGAAACUAAACUUUUCUCACCAGCAGUCAGUUCAGAACUCAGCAGCUGGAUUUUAACUUCAUUUAUCAAUAAAUAAGAAUUUAACUCUUGUUAACUUCAUUAAAUCGUCUUCCAGCUGCAGAUUUCAGAGCUGACUUUAACAUUUACUGCUUGUUGUUGAAGCUGCAGAAGCUUGAGCUCAGUGUAAUGUGCAGAAUAUUCAUUUUAAUCUGCUUUUUAAGCAUUGCUGUUUUUGUAUUUGUUGUUAUUCAUUAGUGUGUGUUUGAAUCAGUUUUCAGCCUGAAUAGAG